GGGGGUCCGUGGCGUCUGAAAGAUUGAAAAGCCCUGCGCUAAAGUGCUCUUCUGUGUCGCAUGAUCAGGUAUUUAUAGAAGAACUCUGACCUAAAUAACCUGCGGUCAAUGCCAAUGCCCCCCCGAACCUACAGAGGACCAAACAACAACAACACUGACUGACAGAAGAAGGUAACGUGAAAAUGCAGCAGCUAAUAAUGUGGACAUUACAUUUGAAGCUCUUGUAAGUCUGUAUGUGCAGCUAAAGAGGGUUUGAAAACAAAACAUUGAUUUGCUCAUGCUCAGUUUUAGACUUGCACGUGGUGUUAUUUACAGUUUUAAUCACAUGGGCUGCAGAUAGUCGGCGUGCAGAUCGCAGGUGUUUUCUGUACCAGGUUCUCAGGAGAUCUGCCUCAUUAUCAACAUCCACCAAGACAGUGUCAUGGAUUUGGAACCAUCCAGAGGGAUUUUUGACGAUGAUGUGGCGACUCAACUCAUGAUCGAACAGAGUCUCCUGCAGCGCCACAAGCAAUGCCAGAUCAAGAGCGCUGUGUCUGGUGACGCCCGCAGGAUCAUUCAGAUCAGCCCUGAGAGAGAGAAGAUAUUCAGUGCAAUAAAGCAUGGUGAUGAAAACGCCCUCCGUAAGCUGGCUGUCCAUCAGCAUGCCUUCUCUGAAGAGGACGACACAGGCUUCCUGCCCUUACAUGAGGCCGCCAUACAGAACAACCAGAACAUCCUCCAGAUCACAUUCACGGCCUCUCCUGAGGAUGCAAAGCACAGAAAGACUCACAUGGGCAAGACCGCUCUCUUCUUAGCUGUGGAAAAAGGUCUUUUGGACAACGCUUGUUUCCUGCUGGACAACGGCAGCAGUCCAGACAGCCUGGAUAAAGAGGAAGACUCGCCUCUCGUUGUAGCUGUAAGAAAUAACCACUAUGACAUGACAAAGCUUCUGCUCAACUUCAGCGCCAGAGUUAACCAGGAGGGGGCGCACCGCAGGACUGCCCUGCAUGAAGCCGCUCGACUGGGCCUGACGGAUUUCGUGGAUCUGCUGUUGAAGUACGGAGCUCAUCCUGAUGCCAGAAGCUCCUACGGCCUGACCCCGUUAGCACUGGCUGCACAGGCGGGACACCUGGAGAUCAUCCGAACGCUUCUCCGGAGAGGUGCUGAUGUGGAGUCUCAGGCUCAGGAUAGCGCAACCAUACUGUUUGAGGCGUCUGCUUCAGGAAACCCUGACGUCAUAUCAUUACUGCUGGAGUACGGGGCGGAUGCAAACGUGCCCAAACACACGGGACACCUUCCCAUCCACAGAGUGGCCCAUCGUGGACAUGUGAAGGCUCUGGCUCUCCUGAUUCCCAUCACGUCGUGGGAGGCGGUGGAUGACAGUGGAAUCAGUCCUCUUCAUUCAGCAGCGGCUGGAGGACACACACAGUGUCUGGAGAUGCUGCUGAAAGCUGGUUACGACCCCAACUUCAUGCUUCACCCAUGGGUGCGGCGCAGCUAUGAUGACAAGCGCCAAUCUGCGCUGUACUUCGCCGUAUCCAAUGACGACAUCGCCUCCGCCAGAGUUUUACUGGAGGCUGGAGCGAUGCCCAACCAGGACCCCGUCAAAUGCCUCCAGGUGGCGCUGCGUCUGGGCAACUAUGAGCUUAUCAACAUGUUGCUUCGAUAUGGAGCCAAUGUGAAUUACUUCUGCAGGGUGAACACCACUCACUUCCCCUCGGCCUUACAGUACGCUCUGAAGGACGAGGUGGUGCUGCGGAUGCUGUGUAACUAUGGUUACGAUGUGGAGCGAUGCUUUGACUGUCCGUACGGGGACGGAUCACAUGUGCCUGAUGGUUAUGAGGGCUGGAGUGAUACUGUCAUUAAAGACACCCUGUUCUGUGAGGUCAUUUGUGUUUCAUGGCUGAAGCAUCUCACAGGAAGCGUGGUCCGCAUCAUGCUGGAUUACGUAGAUCACGCGACCUUUUGCUCCAAACUGAAGGCUGUGCUCAUGGAGCAAAAACAGUGGACUGAAAUAUGUCAAAUUCAAGAGAACGUGCGCUGUCUGCAGCAUCUGUGCCGGCUGAAGAUCAGAGCGUGUUUGGGUCGGCUGCGCUUGAGAGCUCCGAUCUUCAUGAGUUUCCUUCCUCUGCCGGACCGACUGAAGCAGUACAUCCUGUACAGAGAGUAUGAUCUCUACAGUCAGAAGAGCCAAACACAGAGCAAAUGAGCCAGAACACACAGCUGUAGCACUGAUUAUGAUUCUCAUCACAAGUAAUGCUCACUAUUGACACUCCACGAUAGACGUGUUCUCCAGAACAUACAUGCAUAUUAAUUAAAUAUAAACAAAGUCUUAAAGAUAGUGAACAUGUAUAGAAGUCAAUACAUUGUUUAAUUGAAUAAAUAAAUAUAUAAUAGCCACUGAUGCAUCUUUUAUGAAGGAAAGUGGUCUUUUAAAGAUCAUUUGCUUUUUUAGGAAGCACACCUGUGUAAAAAGCUUUUUUAAUCUAUUGAGAAUUUAAAUAAAGUUUUUAUGCGAUAUAUAUUUUAACAGAUAAAAAUACAUUUAUUUAACA